GUUUUUUUAUUUAUAUGUUAUAAUAUAUCAAUGCCAUUAUACUGCAGUCGUUUGGACGAUAACAAGGUAAUUAACCGAUUCGUUUACCCGGGUCAUCGAAGACUAAGGACUUACCUAACUUAAGGAGAGUAUAAUAUUAUAGUAAAAUGUAUACUAUAAAUAUCGGCGGUAUUUUUGGAGGCGCUACAGCGAAAUAUAUGAUAUACGACUACGUAUGUGUUUACCAUCAAUCGAGGUGUAUCUACGAUUCGACAUAUUAUUAUUUAUAUCAUUUACAUACAGCGUGACGUACUUACAGAUGAAGAAGGUCUCCGGUAUACUUAUAAUAUAGCUCUCUGCUACUUAGUCAAGUUUGUUCGAUAAACAGUUCGGCGUAAAGGAUGAAAAAGGUCAGACGAAAUGCACCGGUUAUCGUCGUUCAGUGAAACGAUUGAUUCGGUGCACUUUGGAGCGUAGAAAAAAAAAAGGGUUGUAGGCGGAAGAGAGGCGGCGCUGCUGCCGUUCUCGCUGAUUUUUCUCGCACGACGACGGCGACUCCGCCGCCGGUCCGUUCGACGCGCGUCAGUCGCGCUCGUACGUCUCUGGCCGGCGGUCGUGCUCCUCGCACACUCUCGAUUUUCGCGUCGUCCCGCUAUCGUGUGUGUUUCUGUGAGUGUGUUUACGUCAUUUUUCUGUGUGUGUGUGUGUGUGUGUGUGUGUGUAAUCCCGCUGUGAUUAGGAUAGGAUUUCAGAUUAUGGUAAAUUCAUUUAUUUACGAUUAUUGUAAUUCGUAUCCCAAUAUGCCUAUCGAAAUUUCCUAAAAUACCGUCGACACAUUGACCACUGAAUAAAAAUUCACUCAUUAAAUAUCUGUUUUUCCAUCACUUCCAAAAAAAGUCAUCUGUAUCGCUGUUGUACAAACCAUUAACUAAGCCCACACACGGGGCACACUUAAACACACGCUCACGUGUAUAUUAUAAUAAUAUGUAAUAUUAUGUGUGUGCUGCAAUAAUGCCCGCCGACGGCGACUACUCGAUUUAGCAUUCCUUGACCCUAAUGUGGUAUUUCUGCCGUUCGCCUCGUGUGUCACGUCUUUCGGAAUUAUUUGCCCGUAUCCUUUUUCCACGCAGGAUCCACGGUUCACCGGAUCCGGCAAUGGUAAAAACUGUAACAAAAAAAAAGAAAAAAACACGAAACAAUCGAUUUGUUCUGUGCCCGGUCAGUGUUGUCGUGGUCGUUUUUUCGUCAUUAUUUUAAUUCUAUUCUUGUGUUUCGUCCCCGUCACAAUAUAAUUUUCGGACUCCUGAUCAAUCUGUUUUUAAACUCCGCGGUUUUCCAGCUUGCUCUGUAGACCAUCGGUAUGCCGUCGCCAAGCAUCGAACACCUGUGCAACGGCGCGUCCACGUUUCUGUCGCCGACGUCCGACCGCGGUUUAUUGACAUCUCUGAAUCACAGUUUGAGUUUUGUGAAACUCAAUCGCCGGUCCGUGUCGCCGACUUCGCUUAAGCCGUUAAACUGCAGCCGUCGAUAUGCAGAAAUCGGCAAGAAAAGAUUGUUUUUUAGAGGUGAUGCGUUUCUCGAAUCUUACAUCGACGGCCUGGCAAGAUCUCAGGGCCCCGUGGUCAGCGGGACCGAGGACGAAGAUCAAGAUGGAAACCUGAUUCGCGCUGAAGACAAGCAGUUUCAGGGCGGUGAAGAAUUUCCCGACGGUCGAGAAUUCAAGUUCAAUAAUUUGUCACAAGACGAAGACGAUUAUGAAACCAGCAGUGGGUCCGUGAGGUCUGGCUCGGGGGACGCGGCCAGUUGUGAUAUUGGAUUACUCGAACGUCUCAUACGUAGUCAUCCGAUAUGGUUUCUGCCAGGAAUUCAACGGGCCGGUGCUUUUCACUUGUUGCAAGGCAAAGACGACGGGAAUUUCGUCGUGAGACAGUCCAGUCAGACGGGCACUAUGGCCAUAUCCGUCCGUUUGCCCAGCGGCAAAGGCCCGUACAUCGAACACUAUCUCAUACAAGCCACUGCCGACAACCGAUUAGCUCUGGAGAGUUCAGACAAUAAGUUUGACAGCAUCCCCAUGUUAAUUGCUCAUUACGCACAGUGCUGCGAUGAACUGCCUGUACAGCUUAUGUUACCAAAAGCUAUACAGGAAGCCAAAAAUCGACAGCAACUCUCUUCGUUAGCGUUACUUGGUCAAGAAUUCUGGAGGUAUCCUAUGGCUAGUUCAAGGAGUUCUCCGACAUUGGAUAUAUCGCCAAAUGACGAACCUACAAAGAGGACAUUAAACACUUCUAUUUCCAGUAGUGCUGCUCACAGUCAAUCGAGUAGCCUUAGUAGUUUUAGCAGUGGCAAUAAUAAUCAAGAAUCUGGUUUUACAGACAGUCACCUGUCUAUUGAAGAAUUAUCAACUAGUCCAGUGGAAAGUAUUCAACAAGCUAAUGGGAUUCUAACUACGUUCAAAAGUUCUUCGAAAGAAGGUACACCGUCCUCUUCUGAUAACUUAUCACCACCAACGAGUCUUGUGAGUGGCCGAACAAGACCCACACCACCCAAUACAUUAAACCUUAAAUCUUCUAAUAGUCAAAUAGUAACUUCGGAUGUUGUAAGCUCAAAUCAUAUGGCUAAGACACCACCACCACCUCCUCCUCGUUGGGCCAAACCUGUAGCGGGACAACAGAAUUUUACUGUAACUACUACUGUGACAUUUAGUCUUCACAAAGAAACAACUCCUUCACCACUCAUUCAAGUAUCUUGUGGACAGUUAUCAAAGUCAACAGAUGACAGUGAAAUCAUGCCAGUGAUCAAAAGUCCAUUAGGUUCUGAAAUAACGUCUCCAAUCUCAGACACAGGGGGUGGAUUACGUUCCGGUCGUCGUACUAAAAGAAAUAGAAUAAAACAAUCUAGACACUACAGAGAGAGUGAUAUAUUAGAAACGCCUAAUAUUUAUCACAGAAGUACUUUUGCAGAUAAAGUUAGCGACUAUGAAGACGUUUGGGGUCCUGACUCGUCUUUGUCUACAUUUAAAACUCCUUCUCAAAGCAAUAGUGGUACUUAUAAAAAAAAUACUUCAGAAGUUCCUCCGGAGAUGCCACCCGAUAUUUUGGAACAAACCACCAGUAUUCCAACCAUUCCUAAAAAUACACUAGGUCUUGUUUUACCACUAAACCCAAUUAACGAUCUCCCAUCUAUCACUGACAGUACAACGAGUUUAUUGUCACCUGGGUCACCAGAGACAAAAUCACCCGUCCCUGAAGAUGAUACUGCUGAAGCUAAGCAAAGCAGUCCUUUUUAUGCCGAACCUGCGGAUGCCAUAAGACAAGCAGCUUUCCUACGUCGCAAGUCCAAACCUUCAACAAAUAAUUUCCGCAAUCGCCAUUCAGAGCCGAGUUUUCUUCACCAAUGGCCAGCAUUAGUUGGCUGUAGCCAAUUAACUCGUAUUGAUUCUAAAGAAGAACUGCUAUCUCCUAAUGGUAAUUACUCUACCAACCAAGCAUUCUCGUCGUCCGUAGACAAUAUACCGUUAUUGAAAAACUCCAGAAGAGAACCGCUAAAAACUGGUAAGCCUGUAGAAACUCCACGCAUUGGUCCACCAAAGCGUGGUCAAGAUGGUUCAUGGGCAGUAGAUUCUAGUUGGGAGUUUAUUGGCAACGAAAACGAAAAUGCCAACUCAUUAGAUAACACAGAGCAAACAACAACUAGCCAACCCAAUUGUCUAAGAGAAUCUCCUGGACGCAAAGGACCUACAAUACAAGAGAUUAUUUUGCAAAGGUUGCCACAUUUGAGCUUGUACAUCAAAGAACCCAGUUCAACGUCCCGAAACAAUGAUAAUACUGAACUACCUGAUCACCAAUCUACCGAUAGCGUGAACAACAAUACUUUGAACUUAAGUGGCUUCAGCAAUCUGUCCCUUUUAUCUCAGAAUAGCGAUGACGAUACUAAAACGGAAUUUUCUGAGCCAUGGGAUAGUUCAAGGUGGGAACAUUUGUUGCCUGUUGCCAAUAAAGAACAAAAUCAAGCACAUUUAAAGCCAGUUAAUCGGAACAAAAGUUUCUCUGAACGUUUGGAUCCACUUUUAGCAGUCCCACGGAUCCAAGCAUUGGCACGAAGCCGCUUGAUGGCCCAAACCGGCACUGGUUCUUCGACCCGCGAGUACGCUUUACAGCUGGCCGCGGACAAGACCACCGUGUUUGCCCGGUCCAUCGACAAUUUCGUGUGCUGCACGGUCGAGUCCAAGGAGACCAACCCGUCGGUGGUGAUGAGGAACGUGCGGCAGUUCAUGUCGGGCAUGAAGAACUACCUGUUGAAACACGGCGAAAAGGAAUUCCAAAAAGUGGUGGAAAAGGAGCGGAGCCAGUUGAAACCUACCGAAUUCUUGAACCUUGACGUGAUCCUGGAAGGCGUGAUGAACAGGCUGGUGCUCCGGGAACUCCGGGAACACGUUUACAGCCUUCUGGUCGACGAGUACGUCAAUAACGGCUCGAUCCCGUCCAUGGUCGAGAACAUACACUACGCCAAGUCUAAGAGUAUUCAAGACUUUGCUGUCCGAGAAACUUUAAUACCACCCAGUGAGAACGAUUUGAAGAAAAUAUCUGAAUGUUUCAAACGUCUCCAAGAUGCAUUUCUGCCAUUGGAAAAACUGGAACAUCUGUUAUCAGCCAUUGCUUUAAUAUUUAAUGCUGUUAAAAUGCAAAACCGGAAUGCAGAUGCAUGUCUAGGCGCUGAUGACUUCCUACCACUGCUUGUAUGGGUGCUUGUUCAAUGCAACGUCCUUACAGCUGAACUUGAGGCAGAAUACAUGUGGGGACUGUUGCACCCGUCAUUGAUACCUGGCGAGGGAGGAUAUUAUCUGACAGCACUGUGCGGGGCUGUGCAUGUUUUGAAGAGCUACAAGUCAUCCAUGGAAGCAAAUACUAUUAAUGGCGUGAAGACAUUGGGCUCCGACAAUACAUUGAGUUAUGAUCCACUGAAUGAACUCAAAUCUGUUCUCAAAGUUGUUGUACCCGAUGAAACCAAUGGAUCACUGUUGACUAAGACAUUACCUGUUAGACCACACAUGACUACACGUGAUGUCUGCAAAAUCAUUGCACAUAAACUGCGCAUAACCAAUCCACAAGAUUAUUCUCUGUUCAAGUUAAUUGAUGGUCAAGAAUUUUUGUUAUCUGAAACCGACUGUCCACAAGACAUUAAAAGUUCGACAACAGCGUGUGGCAGUCAUUGUCUAUUUGCGUAUAAACGAAUUGAUGCAAAAAUAGCUUGGCCCCAUUCACCUUCUCCCUAGGCCAUAAAACUAGAUUUUAAAAAAAAAAUUGAUUAUUAUUGUUUAUUUAUUUUUGUGUUUGUUUUCUUUAUAUAUUUUUUGAGAAUAUUUUAUACUAUUGUAUAACAUUUUUCUUUGUGAUUAGACUUUUAACCUGUGAACAAUAUCUUGCGCCGACCAUUAUCCUAAAUGCUAGUCAUAAAAUUUGUGUGUAAGUCUGCGUAAACUUAAACAUGUAAAUAAUGUAGUGAACACAGAAUAACACACAUUAUUAUAAUAAUCAUAAGUAUAUUAUUAUUUAGACAUAAUGUUCUUUUUUGAUCAUGUCUAAAAACGUUUUUUUUAAAAUUAUUUUAAUAUUUAUAAAACCUUUUUUUUCAAAGAUAUUUUAUUAUUUGUAUGUUUUUUAAACUUACUUAGUUUAUGAAAAAAAAAUAUUUCGGCUCAAUGACUGAUAAGCUUGUUACUUUGUAUUUAUGCUAAAAAAAGUAAUUUUUUUAUUGUAUGUGUACAAUGUACUAAAAAUGACAUAAGAUCUGAAAAUUUAUUAUUUUUUUUUUUUUUGGUUUUUAUACUUCAACUAACUGCAUCUAAAAUAUAUUUUUUACUUUAAAUAUUUUAAAAAUUAUUUGUACUUUAAUAUGUAAACUAAUCCUAUUCAUUUGAUAUUAUAUAAUGUUAAAAUAUUAACAACAUUAAUGUAAAAAUUAGUUAACGGUUGCGUUGUCAUCUCGUUUACGUUGUAAAAUAUUUAAUCAUAUAAUAUUCUUAUGUAGUUAACAAAUAAUUGGUAUUAAUGACUUCUUGGAGUGAAGCAA